ACUGUAUUGUUUUACAUUGCAUAUGUGUCACGUCAUGAUAAAUCAGUCUUUUGAGCCACCCUCUCGGCCAUUUGCGCCCUAGGCAUCCGCCUAUGUCGCCUGUACCAGGAGCCACCCACCCCUGUACUCUAAUAUGAAUAUGUUCUAACUCGCUCAGACGGUGAAACGUCCCUCGUGAUCUGGACACGACGAUGCCGGAGCUGCACGCGCCUCAUCCUUUGCGUGAGAGCGCUGACGCACAGCGGCAGCAGCGGCACAGAUGAGCGGCACCGCUGCCUCUCAACCAGCCUCCGAGUCUGACGGGGAAAAAAACAGAGAGAUGCACACGCCCGUGGAGCUACAGGCCAAGACCGCAGCAGCGAACAUCGAACACGGUGACACGGCGGGAUUGCUGGAUUGAGUGGAGGCGCGCAUCUUCUUCUGAUUGAGGAGGGACACGGCUGCUCGUCCCGGAGAUGGACGGGGGCACUGCGGAACCCGGAGAUGACGGCUCUGCCAGCCUCAGCAUACAGCUUGACCUGGGGGACACUGAUUCAGCCAGGAGGGCUCAGACAACCGAGAUGCCGUCCCCGUUCGGAGCGGGCCUAACCAACGAGAGGAAGAUCGGCCACAGGAGGGUCGACGCCUCUGGAGAGACCACGUACAAGAAGACCUCCUCCUCUGCCUUGAAAGGGGCCAUCCAGCUGGGUAUUGGCUACACCGUUGGCAACCUCAGCUCCAAGCCUGAGAGAGACGUGCUGAUGCAGGACUUCUACGUGGUCGAAAGCAUCUUCUUCCCCAACGAAGGCAGCAACCUCACGCCCGCCCACCACUACCUAGACUUCAGGUUUAAAACCUAUGCUCCUAUUGCCUUCCGCUACUUCAGAGAGCUGUUUGGGAUCCGACCCGAUGACUACCUGUAUUCUCUGUGUAAUGAGCCGUUGAUCGAGUUGACGAAUCCAGGAGCUAGUGGCUCCAUAUUUUACGUCACCCGUGAUGAUGAGUUUAUCGUCAAAACCGUGCAGCACAAGGAGGCUGAGUUUCUACAGAAGCUGCUCCCUGGAUACUAUAUGAACCUGAACCAGAAUCCCCGGACCUUGCUGCCAAAGUUUUUUGGGCUCUACUGCGUCCAGUGUGGGGGGAAGAACAUCAGAGUUGUGGUGAUGAACAACAUUUUACCACGCUCCGUACGCAUGCACCUCAAGUUCGACCUGAAGGGCUCAACGUACAAGAGGCGAGCGUCCAAGAAGGAGAGAGAGAAGUCCAAACCUACUUUCAAAGACCUGGACUUUCUGUGCGACGUUCCUGACGGCCUCAUUAUGGACCAAGACACAUACAAUGCUCUGGUCAAAACGCUGCAGAGAGACUGUCUGGUUCUGGAGAGUUUUAAGAUCAUGGACUACAGUUUGCUGCUCGGUGUCCACAAUAAGACCCAAGCAGAGAGAGACUAUCAGUCCCAGGGUUCGCCUCCGGCUGGGGGGGAUGACAAGAAGCCGGCAGCCCAGAGAGCCCUGUACUCCACUGCUAUGGAGUCUAUACAGGGAGGCUCAACAUGCAGGGACACACUGGACCAUGACGACACCAUGGGUGGCAUUCCAGCAGUCGGUGGUAAGGGAGAGCGCCUCCUGCUGUUCAUCGGGAUUAUUGAUAUUCUGCAGUCCUACAGACUGAUUAAGAAACUGGAGCACUCCUGGAAGUCGCUCAUCCAUGAUGGGGACACAGUGUCGGUCCACAGACCUGCUUUCUAUGCUGAGAGGUUCUACAAAUUCUGCAGCACCGUUGUGUUCAAGAAGAGCAGCUCAUUGCGAUCCUCUCCAUCUAAGAGGGGCCGAGGGGCUCUCUCCAUGUCCAAGUCCAGUGGACAGAGACCCUCAGUGAGCGACGAGAGGCAGGAGAACCUGGACAACCUGGAGAACCUGGAUAACCUGGACAACCUGCGUGGAGCUCACAGCUUCCCAAUGCUGGAGGACAACGGGAGAGAACCACCCUGCACUCCGCCGUCAUUCGAAGACGCCACCACGGCGUCUAUCGCGACCACGCUUUCUUCCAACAACUCCUUACCCACCACCCCCUUCGAUACUCCGGAGCACCCACGCUACAGGAGGCAGCUGCACUCACCGAAUGUGGUCAGGUCACAAAAAGAGGUGGUUGAGGUUCAUGGGGAAAAGCAGGACACCAUAACAGUGGAGGUGGAGUUAAGUAAAAUCCCCCAGAGCACGGAGCUCACCCAGAUGACAGAGAUGACCUCCCCCGGCCACCUGUCACUGGAUCAUCCGGCCGGCGCCUUCGCUCCCUCCACCCCUCCCUCUGUCAGUCCAUCCGCAGCACAUUCCUCCUCUACCCUUCCUCCUUGCUUCGUAUCUUCCUCCUCCGCUGCCCAAGCCGCCGGGAGGUCCUCCUCCACCACGCUCUCCUCAUCCAUCUGUCCGUCCACCAAACCACUCACCUCUCCCACGGCGGCUCAGGCUUCCACUCCCUCUCCUCUGUUCUCUCACUCAACCGCACCAUCCACACGUCCCACCUCGGCCAACGCCUCCACGCUCCCUCCCGCCUCGGCAUUUACUCCCAUCUGCCCUGCUUCUUCUUACUCCCCCGCCCAAAGCUCCUCUCACCCUCUCCCCUCGACACCUCCCUCCUCUCACCCUCUCCCCUCGACACCUCCCUCCUCUCACCCUCUCCCCUCGACACCUCCCUCCUCUGUCCCUCCGAGCCCCCAGGUGCCUCGGCGGGAGCCGCGCACGUCGUGCAAUCAGCUGUCCUUGUCCAGCAGCCACAACUCUUUGGAUGGAGAGGUGCAGGUGUCCGACAUCUAUUUUUACGCAGACGGCAGAUACUGGGUGUACUCCCCAGUGCUUGGCCGUCGUAAGCUAAACUCUAGCUUGAGUUACAAUCAGACUCAGGAGGAUCGGAGCUGGGUGUACUCUCCUCUGCACAGCUCAGCAACCAGAAGGGGCUCAGAUGGGGAGAGUGAGACAUAACUCAAGGUGAAGACGGCAGUGACAGGAGCUGAGAGGUUUAAUAAUAAAGGCGCCAGGACUCGAUGAAGAUUCGACCCCGGGUGGCCAAGCUGCACGCGGACACCCCGCUUCGCCAACUGUGACAGACUCGAAGGAAUGAAUUUAGAAGUAUACAACAAUACACAGACAAACAGUUAUACAAAUAUUAUGCAAGAAAACGUAUUCAUAAAUCUUAAACUAUCGAUUCACAGACAAUCUGACUGACAUCAGGUGGAGAAAUGAACAAGGGAAGAUUUCUGUGGCUUCUUAGUCAGGUGGUGUUGUUGGUCCUGCUGUGGAGGUGUGUCGUGUCCACGAGUCACAUGCACUGUGCCAGCUCUGGCUAUGCAAUACAGACGUACAGGACGGGAUCUCGGUUCCUCUUUUUGACUGAUUAUGAGUUUAUCCAUGCUUUUAUUUUCCAUUAGGGGCAUGUCGAUGCUGUAUAUACUCUUAAUUGUUUAGCACUUUAUCGGUCAUUUGAAAUCAUUUAUGUUGGUUAUUAUGUGAAAAAAACUGACACUGAAAUUGUCAAUGAUGUUGUGUGUCUGCACCGUGUUCUGUUUCUCCAGUGGUGUGUGGUGAUCCACUUGAUCUGACAGUGAAUGGUUGUGUUUCAAAAUGCCUUAACGACAAACUCGUUUUUUGAUAUUUCAGUCCCAUCGUUUUAAAAGCAAUCAUUUAAAACUAAAAAAAACAGUAAAUAUAUAUACAAAAAGUAUUAUAUUAUGCAUAUAAUAUAUAGCAGCCAUGCAUUUACACCUUAUCAGGUUUAAAAAAUGUACAUCAAAUGAGAGAGAAGAAAAAAAAUCUAAUUAUCUUUUGUAUAUUGUGGAGAAAGUGUGUGUUGUGUGUGCUCAGGCACAUGCAUGUAAGUCUGUACGUGCCCUCAUGUGUCAGUGUGUGCAUGUGUGUGCAUGCAUGUGAUACGUGAUGGGGAGAUUUUUCUGUCUUCCCUAAUUGUCAAAAUGUCAAAAGCUUAAAUGUAACGUCCAUUUAAUGUUAUGAACCGUGAAGGUCUGAAGCAGCUAUGAGCAUGUUGGCUGUGACAUAUCUGAGAAACUUCAAACAGGACGUGAACGACGCUGGAUCAAACAAACUGAGCUUCUCUGUCCAGUUUAGUGAGAAACCACAGAAAACAUGUUCCUCCUUCCAUCCAUCAUACAUGGUGAUGCUUGGUGAAACCAACCUGCCCGUGUUCAAACUUCCUGUCUGUGUCGGUGAGCACUGCUGUAACUUAUUACUGUAUCAUGUGAGUGUGCUGCCGCUAACCUGCCAGUUUGUGAGCGACAGUGUUUGUAGCUGAUCACUGUGUAAAAGAAAUAAAAGAUUAUA